AACAAUGUUGUCAGCUUUGUAAAUCUCUCCGCAUUAAUUUCAAGCGAAUGAAAAGGUUUUUAAAUUUAAACCCUUCACACCCAGGCGACCUCACCUUUCUCUCCAAAGAUGCCAGCAACUUUGUCCAGAUCAAUAGAUAGGCCGUGGUUCAAAGAGCAACCUAGAGGAGAAAUCGUAAGGAAAUUUGCUAUUUUACCCGCUGGUCGGUCUUUCACACAUUUGAUCAUCAUAAGUUGGCUGCUAAUGGAUUUCAUGGAUUUGUAACGUUUUUGGCCAAAUACAAGAGCAGCUGCUCCAGCAAUCACAACAAGUUCAGGCGGACCAAGACCUUACAAAGCAUUGCAAGUAAGACCCGUUUAAGAGGUUCAGCUCUUGUCUUUCUCAUGGUUGAACAACUAUAAAACAAAUUUGUUUUGAGAUUUAGUAUAGUUCAACAAAGAAAUAGUUUUACUGCUCGUGAUAAAAUUGGACAGAAGAAGAAAAUGGGAUUUUAGUUACUGGAAGUAUUGAGGGAGAGAGAGUCACAGAAGUAACCUCCAUCAUACUUUUUAGUUUCUAUCGAGAUAUAUUAUAUCAUCAAAGACAAAAGGCUUAAUCCCAUCAAUUUACUUUUAUGGGCACAUGCAGUCUCUAUCAAGGUUCAGCUUCUUGCCUCUAUUAAACCUCCAAAAACCAAUAUCUUCAUACCACCUUAAACAAAUCCAUGCCCAGUUAAUCACCAAUGGCCUCAAAGAACCCUCCUUUUUUGCCAAACUAAUUGAAAACUACUGCCUUUUAUCCUCUCCACAAAAUACCAAAUAUGCACGGUUGAUAUUCGAACACUUUCACACUCAAAGUUUGUUCCUUUUCAACACUUUGUUAAGAUGCAGCCAACCCAACGACUCAAUCUUUACUUUUGCCUAUUGGGUUUCAAAAGGACUGUUAGUUUUUGAUGAUUUCACUUAUAUUUUUGUGCUUGGAGCUUGUGCUAGAUCGCAAUCAUUGUCUACAUUAUGGUUAGGAAGGCAAGUUCAUGUAAAAGCUUUUAAAUCUGGUCUUAUGUCAAAUCUUUUGGUGAAGACUACGUUGAUUCAUUUCUAUGCAAAUAAUAAGGAUAUUUUGUUAGCAAGAAGUGUGUUUGAUGAAAUGACUGAGAGAAGCAGUGCUACCUGGAAUGCCAUGAUUAAAGGCUAUACUUCACAAAGGGGGAGAUCUAAGAAAUGUUGUAGGGAAGCUUUGGUGCUUUUUAGAGAUAUGUUAAAUGAUAUUUCCGGGCAGAUUCCUACUGAUACUACCAUGGUUUGUGUUCUUUCAGCUUGUUCUCAAUUAGGAGAGUUUUACAGUGGGGCUUGUGUUCAUGGUUUUAUAGAGAAGACAAUUUGGGUGCCUGAAAGUGAUGUUUUUAUUGGAACUGGUCUUGUUGACAUGUAUGCAAAAUGUGGGUACAUUGAUAGUGCUUUAAGCAUUUUUAGGCUAAUGAGUGUGAAAAAUGUUCUGACUUGGACUGCCAUGGGAACUGGCUUAGCUGUUCAUGGGAGAGGAAAAGAAGCAUUGGAACUUCUAGAUGCAAUGGAGGGUUCAGGUAUUAAACCUAAUCCAGUGACUUUCACUACCUUGUUCUCAGCUUGCUGUCAUACAGGGCUUGUUGAAGAGGGACUUCACUUGUUUCACAAUAUGAGGAGCAGGUUUGGUCUUGAGCCUCAGAUACAACAUUAUGGUUGCAUUGUUGAUCUUCUAGGCAGGGCAGGAUAUCUAAAUGAAGCCUAUGAUUUCAUCAUAGAGAUUCCAAUCAAACCUGAUGCCGUAUUAUGGCGGAGCUUAUUAAGUGCAUGUACUAUUCAUGGAGAUCUUGCAAUGGCUGAAAAAGUGGGGAAGAUUUUGCUCCGGUUAGAGCCACCGAAGAAUUCUUUACAUAUGCCUAUUACAAGUGAAGAUUAUAUAGCUUUAUCAAAUGUUUAUGCUUCUACUGGAAGAUGGCGACAAGUGGAGAUGGUAAGAAACAAAAUGAAGUUAAAGAGGGUAGAAACCAAACCUGGUGGUAGUUACAUACGGACCGUCUGCAGUUCACCUUGAUGAUUGAAGUGGGAUUCAAUUGUUUGAUAUGGGAUGGUAAGUAAUAGAUAGCCAAAAGUUCUGCAUUAACAUCAACUUUUUCUUUCCUUUUAUGUCUCCUCUUUCUUGUAACAAAUAUCAGGAUUAUUGAUAAUUGUAUUAUAAAUUAAUGAGACAAUUUAAGUCAUCUUAUGAACAAAUUCUGUUGAUUACUUAUGAGAUGUGGCUUAAUAAAUAUGUAAUAAGCUAAUCUCAAAUAAGGACCACAGAAUCUUUUCAUCUGAACCACUGUUGAUAUUUUUUGACUUUGAAAUUGUAGAUCAGUUUGAAUUAUCUUGAUGUUACAGGAA